CCUUACGAGUUGACAGCUUCCCCGAGGGUCGUAUUUUGUAGGUAGAGCGGAGGUAGACAUCUGUCAGGGUGGGGUGACGUUCUGCUUACAUCACUGUUACAGAAGAACGCUGAGAUAGUCAUUGACCAAAUAUAGACAAAACCUGAUGUAAGAUCUUCUGAGAGAUGUGAUGUGUUCUUGAAGAAAACAAACUUUAAAAAACGUCAAGGAAUGCAGCUACUCAAAACAAGGACGCUGUUCUAAAAAGUUCCUGUGACUGAUUAAAGGGAAUUUGUAGAAGAAGAAAAAAAGAUUAAUUUACAACAACAACCUCACUUACCAUGGCAUUCAAAUGUUUAAACACUUGUCAAAAUAACCACCAUGAAGAAGACAAAGGAUUUAACCCAUACCAGAUUUUUGCGGUGUCCCCAACUUUCUGUCACAUUCUCCAUGUUGAAGUUCUUGAAGGUACUGGCAUUACCAAAGGAAAACUCUCUGACUUUGUUGACACACCAGAUCCCUAUAUUGUCCUUAAAGUUCCAUGUACUCCAAAUGGAAAGAAACGAACCAGAUGGAAAAAGAAUUUAGUUAACCCUUCUUGGAAGGAAACGUUUACUUUUGUUGUGGAUCCAGAGAAAGAUAAAAUAUUAGAGGUAACACUGAAAGACUACGAUUAUAUCUUUCGUGAUGAUGUGAUUGGAACACAGGAAGUAGAUCUAAGCACUUUGGAGCCAAACAAAGCAGUAAAUGUUACUGUCUCUUUACAUGAUGCUGGAGAAAUAUCACUAAAUCUGAAGCUUGAGCUGAACACCAAGCCUGAUCUCAGAUAUGAACUUGGCCUGUGUGAAGAGGAGUUGGAAUUCUUGAAACAUCGAAAGCACAGGGUUUUAAAAGGACUUCAGGCAUUCUUGGGAGAAGAUGGUGUGGAUGAUGAAAAUGAUGCUCCAGUAAUUGCUGUCAUAGGAUCUGGAGGAGGUUUUCGUGCACUUACUUGCCUCAGUGGUGUCUUCAAAGGUCUUUCGGAAACUGGACUUUUAGACUGUGCAACUUAUGUAGCUGGGUUGUCAGGUUCUGCUUGGUAUCUCUCAGCCCUUUACAGUCAUCAUGAAUUUCCUGUUAAGGGUCCUGGUGAUAUCCAAAAGUAUUUAAGAAAUUGUAUAAGCCAAAGUCCAUUCCGACUACUUGGUCCUCAUAGAUUUUUUCCCUACAUCAACAGUAUCUUGACUAAAUAUAAGAGGGGCCAACCUGUCAGUUUCACAGAUUUUUUUGGUCAUCUUCUUGGUGAUACGCUCUUAAAAGAUGAUUUGCGAGGAAAAAAUAAAAGGUUAUCAGAGCAACAGUCAAAAAUUAAUGUUGGACAAAGUCCAUUACCUCUCUAUACUUGUCUUCAUGUAAAGAAAGAUGUUGCUGCUCCUGUGUAUCAUGAGUGGUUGGAGUUUUCUCCCUAUGAAGUGGGUAUUGCAAAAUAUGGGACCUUUAUGAAGACCGAGCAUUUUGGUUGCAAAUUUUAUAAAGGAAAAAUCAUUAAAUUUUUCGAAGAGCAACCCCUUCACUAUCUUCAGGGAGUGUGGGGCAGUGCUUUUACUAUUCUGUUCAAGCGCCUCAUACAAAACAAGACUAAGAUUAGUAACUUGCUGUCCUCAGAACAAGAAGUAAAUUUUGAUGAAGUAGACUCUCCCAAGGAGAGUGGAAGCCAAAUCAAAACCUGUAAUGAUGAAGAGGAGGAGUUAAAGAAUUGUCUUGAACAACUUGCUAUUGUGGAAACUGAAGAGACGGAUUCCACAGAAUCUUCAGACUCUGAUGAUGAGGAUGAGACAGACAACCCUGAUAAGAAAGAUACUGAAUCUGAAGAGAAAGACGGGUAUAUCACCAAGACUUUCAAUCAACUGAUUGAGUCAGUCUGCAGCAGCUCGGUUUUCAACAACAGACGCGGUCGAGCAGGGAUGAUUUUAAACCCCCUCCUUGGAUUAGCUCUCAUUCCACUGAGACAUUUUUCUCCAAUUUCUCCAAUCACUCCCACUGAUGAUAUGUGGUACAAAGGGAUCCAUCAUCCUGCUAACACACAGACUAAAUCACUUUACUUGGUUGAUGGAGGUCUGACCUUUAACCUUCCAUUCCCCUUGUUGUUAAGACCUUCCAGAAAAGUGAAUAUUUUCCUAACUUUUGACUUCAGUGGACGACCCUCUGACGACGCAUAUCCAUUUAAGGAACUGUUACAAUCUGAACAAUGGGCUCAAAGAAAUGGCUUUCUGUUUCCACCUAUUAAAGAUCGUGUUGAGCAGUUGAUUAAAGAACCAAUGAGAGAAUGUUACAUCUUUGACAAUCCAGAUGACAUUUCUUGUCCCAUUAUCCUCCACUUUCCUCUAGUAAACAUAAACUUUCGGAAAUUCAAACAACCAGGACUUGUGCGACAGACAGACGAAGAAAUACAGUUUGCAGAUUUUGAUAUUUUCAGUGAUCCAGAUACUCCAUAUAGCAUCUACAAUUUCUGUUAUACACACUACCAUUUUGAUAGGCUUUCCAAGUUGAUGGAGUUCAACCUUUUAAACAAUCUCCAGAUCAUCAAAGAUGUAGUAAGAAAAGUAAUGACAAGCAGGAUUCAAAACCCAUCUCAUCUGAAGCAAAAACUGCGAAAUAAUUAAAAAGAGCAAAGAAAUGAGUUUGAGUAACCGAUCCAGUCUUCUUAAAUGAAAAACUAAAGAUCUUUUUCGUUGUACUUCUUUUUCCACAUCAUUUUAAUGGUCACAAAUUUUUUCAAGUACUUCAAUGAUAUUGAAGGUUAAUUUUUUUAAAAUCAUACUAUUAAUUUUUUACUAUAUAUAUACCAAAAUUACUUCAAGAUUUGUAAAUUUACUGCGUGCUUUAUUUUUGCAUCAUAUUGUUGUUGUCCUCAUAUGUGUAUUAAUACGAAGGCUAUAUAUUUGUUGUGACUAUGCACUGGUAGCAUAUUUCAAAGUAUAAAUCAAAUUCAGUUUUAACUAUGCUCACUUGUUGAAGUAGCAUAUCUACUGAUUGCAUUUAAUAUUUGCUCAUUCAUGCUAAUCAAGCAGAUAAACAAUUUCAAUGUUUUAUCUGUAGGAAAACAAUAUUACUUUAUCUAGAGAAUUUAUUUAUAAAUGAGUAAAAUAAACUAGUUUAAAUGACAAUAACUGCUAGCUUGGGAAGAUAUAAUACUUCAAAUAAAUCAAUCUUUUUAUCCUCAUUUCAAAAUCAUUGCAGUUACUACAGUUCCUUUUAACUUUACAUAACGUCUGAAAUGUCAUUAAGGUUCUUUUUUUUCCUAGAACAGACUAAUUAGAUGUUUCAGUGACACCUAAUCAUAUUCUGCAAGAUUGUUGCCCAGAUAGUUAAUAUGUGGACCUAAUGCUGAAAUGCAUCUUCCUACCUUUAUUUUUUGAGUGGGAAAUGUAAUUUGUAACAAAACUUUUCGCAGAUUAUGUAAACAAAAUUAUUAGUCUUUAUGUGAUUGUAUAUCAGUAUCAUUAGACAUUUUGACAGUAAGGCCCUGUGGAGCUUCGAGAUUCGAUUUGUUAGCUAGGGCUCCGAUCCAACAUUUUCUAAUUUAGAAUUAAGAAUUUAGCUUUUAAUUCAGUCUAUAUACUGGAACCUAUUUCCUUGGAAUAGCACUUUUGUACAUUCUUUUUCCAGAUGUUUAAGUACAUUAUAUCUUUUGUUUUUAGAAAUAUUUACUUUUAUAUUCAUUACUAAUUGUGUGUGGAAGUAGUCUACAUAAAUAAAUAAACCAUUUUCUGUUUGAUUUAAAAUUUAAUUGAACCUUAUAAUCUAUACAUGUACAGCUGGUUUGAUUUGUUUUAAAUAUUUUGAAAUGAUCCGAUUUGAAAAGUUAGAUAUAUUAAUUUUUUCACCUUCUGUUAAGUGUUCAUAUUGCUUUGACCAACAAUCAGUCUGAGAGAAUUAUUACUGGUCUUUCAGCUUAAUUUUAUCAUAUUUAUCUUUAAUCUGCAGUUUUAUGAACCAUAUUGAUGUGUUAAUUAUAGAAUUUUAGUCUAGAAAGAACAAGACAAUGCUGAACAUAUUACCAAAUUAUUUUGAAUUUGUCGCUUCCAAGACUGUUUACAUUUUAAAAUGCAAAUACGCAGAGCUUUGUGUAUGAAUAUAUAGUGAUUCGUGUGUUAAUUAUUGAAUUUUAGUCUAGAGUUUGUUGAGAAAGAAAGAACAAGACAAUGGUGAACAUAUUACUAAAUUAUUUUGACUAUGAUACUUCCAUGACUGUUUUACCUUUUAAAACGCCACAUACACGGGGCUUUGUGUUUUAUUAUAUUGUGAUUUAUUGACUAGUACAGUUCUGUUUUUGUACAUAUAAUGUCUACUACUUGGUUCAUGAUUACUAUUAUUUUAUUUGGAGCUGCUUUACUAUCCCACCGACGAACGUUACAAAAGAAGAGUAGUAAUCCAAAUUUAGUCAGUGUUAUAUUUUUACUACUGUUAUAAGAAUUAUUUACAAAGUCUUUUUUUUCUACUUGCGAUAGAUUAUUUAAAGGAAAAAUUUUUUUAAAUUAUGAGUUCCUUUUUAAUGUAUUUCUUAUAAAGUUUAUGUAAUGAACAAGCAGAUAAUUUUUAUACAUUUAUUAGUUGUUUUCAAAUAAUUUUGUUGCCUAUUAGCUGUUCUUUUGUAUAAGGAUAAUUAAGUUGAGUUGUUUUUAAUUUUUGUGAUAUAUAAAAUAGAAUAUUGUAAGAAUAAUCAAAGUGGUAUAUUUCGAAGUUGUGGCAAGUACUUGUAAGAUGAAUCGUUUACAAAACUAGUUUCUACUUCAUGGACUAUGCUAUGGUGCAAUAAAUAAAUGUAUACGUAUAGUUGUAGGUCUGGGAUACACAACUAUCUUGAAAAAUUGUCGGUUAAGGUGAAUUUCAAUUUAAAUUAGCUUUAGUUUUAAUAAUUUUUUUCUUUCAAUUGGUAAACAAAAGUAAAUAUUACGUUUACCUCUUUUUCAUAUACAAACUUUAUUUGUUGUUUUGAAAACUGUUACGUGCACCUAUUUGUAGGUGAUUUUUUGUACAUAGAGCGUUAUGGUAUCAUUUUUCUAAGUCGUACAUCUGUUCAGAAAAUUAUAAUUUUACUUCUUCCGGACCUUCGAUGCAUUUGUUUAUGCUUUUUUUUUUUAAACAUUUGACAGUUCAUACUCUGACUGGAGACCUAGUUAUACGUUUUGAAAAUUAGAUGAUUUUUGCAAUAUUUAGCUUUGUUUUUCUGUACCAAUAAGAAAAAAAAACUGAAGUUUCAAAGUUGUGUACAUUUUUUUUCUUUGGUGAAUGUCACUUUAAUGUU